CCCCUCUCCUCCCCACCUGGCCCUCCCUCUCCCCCCCAGUCCUUCAGCUGCCACACUGAUUGCUUCGGUGGCUUUGUUUAAAAAAAUAUAUACAUGUCCAAAUAGAUCCCAGGCGCUUUCUUCCCGAGUUAGGAGCACAGUCCGUAUCCCCGACCUUGCCCCGGACCAUGGCUGCUUACCGUAGCUGCCUCCCUCCCGAGGCAUCCGGGCCUGGGGUAGCCCGCAGUCCCAACCCGCUUUAAGGCUGGAUUUGGGGCGCACAGACCGGGGAGCGCACAGAGCAAGUGACAGGCGAGGAGGGGACAGCCGGAACUCUCUCAGCCUCACUCCCAGUGAUCACCUGCAGCUAUGGAGUCCCCGACCAAGGAGAUUGAAGAAUUUGAGAGCAACUCUCUGAAAUACUUGCAGCCCGAACAGAUCGAGAAAAUCUGGCUUCGGCUCCGCGGGCUGAGGAAAUAUAAGAAAACAUCCCAGAGGUUACGGUCUUUGGUCAAACAGUUAGAGAGAGGGGAGGCUUCAGUGGUAGAUCUUAAGAAGAAUUUGGAAUAUGCAGCUACAGUGCUUGAGUCUGUAUACAUCGAUGAAACCAGGCGACUCCUGGAUACGGAGGAUGAGCUCAGUGACAUCCAGUCAGAUGCGGUGCCUUCCGAGGUCCGAGACUGGCUGGCCUCCACCUUCACGCGGCAGAUGGGGAUGAUGCUCAGGAGGAGCGAUGAGAAGCCGCGGUUCAAGAGCAUCGUGCAUGCAGUGCAGGCUGGGAUAUUCGUGGAGAGAAUGUAUAGACGUACAUCAAACAUGGUUGGACUGAGCUACCCAGCAGUGGUUAUAGAAGCAUUAAAGGAUGUGGAUAGGUGGUCCUUUGAUGUCUUUUCUCUCAAUGAAGCCAGCGGGGACCAUGCACUGAAAUUCAUUUUCUAUGAAUUACUCACACGCUACGAUCUGAUCAGCCGUUUCAAGAUCCCCAUUUCAGCACUCGUCUCAUUUGUGGAGGCCCUGGAAGUGGGAUACAGCAAGCAUAAAAAUCCUUACCACAAUUUAGUGCAUGCUGCGGACGUCACACAGACAGUGUACUACCUCCUCUAUAAGACAGGCGUCGCUAACUGGCUGACGGAGCUGGAGAUUUUUGCUAUCAUCUUCUCAGCUGCCAUCCAUGACUACGAGCACACGGGAACCACCAACAACUUCCACAUCCAGACCCGGUCCGACCCAGCUAUUCUGUACAACGAUAAGUCUGUAUUGGAAAAUCAUCACUUAAGUGCAGUUUAUCGCCUUCUGCAAGAGGAUGAGGAAAUGAAUAUUUUGAUCAACCUCUCGAAGGAUGACUGGAGGGAAUUUCGGACCUUGGUAAUUGAGAUGGUGAUGGCCACGGAUAUGUCCUGUCAUUUCCAACAAAUCAAGGCGAUGAAAACUGCUCUGCAGCAGCCGGAAGCGAUUGAAAAGCCGAAAGCAUUAUCCCUGAUGCUGCACACAGCAGACAUUAGCCAUCCUGCGAAGGCGUGGGAGCUCCAUCACCGCUGGACGAUGUCACUGCUGGAGGAAUUCUUCAGACAGGGGGACAGAGAAGCAGAGUUGGGGCUGCCUUUUUCUCCUCUGUGUGACCGGAAGUCGACCAUGGUUGCUCAGUCGCAAGUAGGUUUUAUUGAUUUCAUCGUGGAGCCCACCUUCACGGUGCUCACGGACAUGACUGAAAAGAUCGUGAAUCCGCUAAUUGAGGAGACCUCCCAGACAGGCGGGACAGGACAGCGGCGUUCAAGUUUGAACAGCAUCAGUUCGGCAGAUGCAAAGCGAUCGGGUUCCAAGAGCGCAGGCUCAGAAGGAAGCGCCCCAGUCAACAAUUCCGUCAUCCCUGUCGAGUACAAGAAUUUUAAAGCCACUUGGACUGAGGUCGUGCACAUCAAUCGGGAGCGGUGGAGGGCCAAGGUGCCCAAAGAGGAGAAGGCCAAGAAGGAAGCCGAGGAGAAGGCCCGCCUGGCCGCGGAGGAGAAGCAAAAGGAACUGGAAGCCAAAGGCCCGGCAGAAGGCGCAGCCGGCAAGGCGGACAAAAAGACACCCGGGGAAGCUCGGAACCAAGUCAACGGAACGCGCCCCAACAGGAGCGACAACGCUCGUGGGAAAAACGCCAAAGAGAAGUCGCCAGGAGGAAAGCAGCAGAACGGUGACUUGAAAGAUGGUAAAAAUAAGGCUGACAAGAAGGAUCAAUCCAGUGUCGGAAAUGACUCAAAGAAAGCAGAUGGCACAAAGAAGCGCUCUCAUGGCUCCCCAGCCCCGAGCACCAGCUCCACAAGUCGCCUUACCUUGCCAGGGGACUACGGAUAACACGUCCAACAAGAGGAUUCCUCCGAAGAGAACUGACCAGCUUUGAGGUCUGAAGACGUUUUAGGAAGCUUACGUUUUUUUUCCAAAACAAAAUAUUAUGUAUAUUGUAAGUUAUUGAGCGAUGAACUUCAAAAAUUUCAACUUCUGAUCUCCCUCAUACGGAUUUUUUUAUAAUAAAUACUUUGAUACGUAUUGCACAUCUAUCAAAUAUGAGGGACAAUGCUAGGUUCUUAACAUGUAUUAUCUAUUACCUCAUUUAAUCAUGACAGCAACUCUUCAGGAAGGUACUAUAAUCUCCAUUCCACAAAUUGGGAAAUGGAGGCAUAAUCAAAUAAAUAGCUUGCCAAAGUUAGCACUCCUUGUUCUGAGUCUCAUUGACAUUGACACAAUGUCAAAUCACCCGCACUCUACCCUCCUAUCUUUUGCAUUUGUACUCUGCCUGGGGAUUAGAUCAGAUACCCAUGUACCAAGUUCAAGCACACUUCUUUUACGUGAAGAUUCCAAUGAGUGCUGUAGUUGCAAUUGUCUUUUAUCUUGAGUUCAUUUUGAGGGAUGACAGUUGUCAUUCUUAUCAUGGACUAGAUCAAAACGCACCUGUCAUUUAGCCCUCGGAGCUCUAGGACACUGAAGAAAUUUAUCUUUACGGACUCUUUCUGGCGUAGGUUGUUGUUGAUGUGAAGGAGGGACAUAACACUACUGAUUUUGCCUUACACUCCCCACCUUCCCAUGCAUACAUGGAAAAAAUGCACACGUUGAUGAGAAAAAUCAAGCAAAAGACUUUGCUUGUAUAAUCUCCAAAUAUCCCCGC